AUGGCGCGCCAACCCACCGGAAGAGAGCUCUCACACGCCAAGAAGAUGGAGGUGAUCCGUUGCUUGCAUACCCUGUCGACCAAGGGCAAACUUGCCCGCGGGGCGAUCCUCACCACGGCCUCCGAGCACAAAAUCCACCGGACCACCGUAUCGCGCAUCUGGAAGGCCUUUCAACGAAACGAACUGCUACCAUCGUUGAAAGCUGGCCGUGUAGGCCGCUCGCCGGUAUACACGCCACACCUCGUCGCCAGCACCGUCCGCGAACUACCCCAGUCACUCCGCUCGACGAUGCGCCACAUUUCCGAGGCCACUGGAAUUCCUCUUGGAUCCUUGCACCGAGCGCUCAAGGCUGGAAAGCUCCAUCGACGCACCACACGCUUAAAGCCUCUGCUGACGGACGAAAACAAGGCGAAGCGUCUUGAAUUUUGCCUCUCGCACAUUCGUCCCUCCGGUCCUCCCAAAACCCCGACAUUCGAUGGCAUGUGGGAUGUCGUUCACCUUGACGAAAAGUGGUUCAACGCAGACAAGAACGUCCGCAAGGUGUACCUGACGGAAGGUGAAGAGCCUGAGCAGCAGGCAUGGUCAAGCAAGCGCUUCAUCCCAAAAGUGACGUUCCUCGCGGCCGUGGCACGCCCUAGACAUGACUUGGAGCGUGGCAUCAACUUUGAUGGGAAGAUUGGCAUCUGGCCGUUCGUGCAGUACCAACCUGCUCAGCGGAGCUCGCGCAACCGUCCGGCGGGAACUCUUGUGGCAACAUUGGUGAACGUUGAUGCACCGAUGUACCGGGACUACGUGCUCACGUAG